AUGAAAGGAUGGGGAGAAAUGGUCCGGUCAAAGACCGAAUGUUUCAAUUUUGCUGCACACGUGGCAAGAGGCAAAUGGACAUCGGUCUUCGCAGCCUUUCUUAUCAUGUCCACUUCAGGUACGAAGUAUCUUUUCUCAAUGUACUCCACUGACAUCAAGACAAAUUUUGGAUAUAGCCAAUCCAUGUCAAGUACUUUGAACAAGUGCAAUGAUAUUGGUACAACUAUGGGAAUUUUGUCGGGACUUAUAGUUGAGGUCAUUCCCACACGGUUUGUAUUGCUCAUGGGCUCAAUCACUAAUUUCUUAGGCUACUUUAUGAUAUGGUUGGCUUUCACCGAAAGAAUUCACAAGCCAGAAUUUUGGCUUAUGUGUGUUUAUAUAUUUAUUGGAGCCCAUGCUCAGAAUUUUGCAGUCACGGCGUCUGUGGUCACUUCUCUAAAAAAUUUUCCAGAAAGACGAUCUAUGUUGUUGGGUUUGUUCAAAGGCUACCAAGGACUUAGUGGGUCUAUUCUUAGUAUAAUUUGCUCGGCCAUUUAUGGAGAUGAUUCAGCCUCUUUGAUCCUUCUCUCAGCGUGGCUCCCGGCAUUAGUAUCUCUAUCAGCUAUGUACAUAAUUGGGGAGAAGAAGGUUAAUAUUAGGCAACAAAAAGAGGUUAAUGUGUUUUAUCAUUUUCUCUAUCUAUCAGCCGCUCUUGCUGCCUAUUUGAUGACUAUGACCUUGGUUCAAUCGCAUAUAGCCUUCCGAGCUGCUUAUGUUGGAUUUGCAAUAGUAUUGUGCAUCUUAUUGUUUUUACCUGGAGUGGUCGCCUUAAGACAAGAGGUAGUCCUUUGGAAGGAGAUGCAAACACCUCCAACUACAAUAAUUGUUGAGAUCCCACGAGCAGUUGAACAAGAUCAAAAUUUUUCUGCCAAUCAAGAGGAAGCGGAAGAGGAUACAAUUGUUGUUGAGGAAGAACAGAAUUCUUCGGAGGUGACACAAACCUCUUGCUUUGCUGCAAUUUCUAACAAACCGAAGAGAGGAGAAGACUUUGGAAUAUUGCAAGCUUUGGUGAGCACUGACAUGCUUAUUAUAUUCCUUGCAACAUUUGUUGGACUUGGCUCAUGCUUGACCGCCUUGGAGAACAUGCAGCAAAUUGGUGAGGCGCUUCAAUAUGAGCCUAAGACGGUAAUCACUUUGAUCUCCCUAAUUAACAUAUGGAAUUUCUUUGGGCGUGUAUUAUGUGGGUUUAUUUCUGAAAAACUAGUUAGGAAAUAUCAAGUUCCACGUCCCCUUAUGUUGUCGGCUGUUCUUUUUAUGUCGUGCAUCGGUCUACUUUUCAUCGCCUUCCCCUUCAAGAAUUCAAUCUAUUUGGCGUCAGUGAUCAUUUCGUUUACACUUGGUGCACAGUUGCCGUUGGCUUUGUCUGUAAUUUUUGACCUCUUUGGCCUUAAGCACUAUGCCACAUUGUUCAACUGUGGGCAAGUGGCAAGUCCACUUGGGCAAUAUUUGCUAAAUAAUCAAUUCACUAGAAGGCUUUAUGAUAUAGAGGCAAUGCAGCUACAUGGAUCGGAGGGUUUGGGGAUGCCACUUGUCUGCAAGGGGAAGCAAUGCUUUUGCCUAUCUUUUACAUUUAUGGCCAUUGCGACAUUUUUUGGAGGUCUUUUAUCCUUGAUUCUGGCGGCAAGAACGCAAGAAUUUUACCAAAGUGAUAUAUAUAGGAGGUAUAGAGGUGAGGAGUUGGAGACUGUCGUGGCUUCCACACUCUCAGCUGAUCGAUAG